CCAUCUUGCCUAUACCUCCUAACGCCUUUUCGCCAGAGCAUACGUCUAUCAGCAGAAACACUGGGGAUAUCCAGCUGUAUCUUUGUUGUUUGCGCCGUUCUUUCAGCUCUUUCUAUCUUUCCGCUUCUAGUGGGUAGGACCCUGUCUCCAACAUCAGGGAAUCUGGAGGAGCAGAAGAACCACUACGAUCCCAAUCGAACCCACCUCUUACUCCCUUUUCUUCCACAAUGGCUGAUACCAACGGCGAUCAACCUCCCCAGACAAACGGUCACUCCGGCUCGCCUCCCUCCCAGCCAACAGCCCCCGCGCAGCCAGCUCCAACCACACUUCCAGCCUCAAAUCCCUCCGUACCUCUCACCUCCCUCCAAGACAAUGGCCUGUCCAAACGUCCUCGUGACGCUCGAUUGAUCCAUAUGCUUCUCUCCUCCCUUGGCGUCACAGCCUACCAAGAACGAGUUCCGCUCCAACUGCUUGACUUCGCCUAUAGACACUCCUCUUCUAUCCUCUCCGACGCCCUCCACCUCUCGUCGGAUGCUUACGUGUCGCAACAGACACGUGCGCGAGACGCGCCUCCCGGCGGAAGCUUUCGAGAUGCAGAUGGGCAGGUUAGCGUGAAUGCUGUACAAUUAGCAAUUCAAAGUCGGCUGCAAUAUCAGUUUGGUGGGGGCAAUGGUGGUGGACUGAGCAAAGAGUUCCUUCUUGAGACUGCGCAUGCGAGGAAUAAGGUUGCGCUUCCGAGGGUACUGCAGAAUGAGUGGGGUGUGAGACUUCCAAGUGAGAGAUUUGUCUUGACUGGGGUCCCGUGGGGGCUGAAGGAAGAGUGGGAGACGGAGAAUGAAGAAGAAACUGGAGAUGGAAUGGAAGGUGUGGAGACUACAGAAGACCAAGGUGCUGAGGGUGGCGAGGAGGGUGGGACGAUGGAUGAUAUCUUCGGAGGGGAUAUCGAUCAAGAUAUGGAACGAGAGGAAUGAUUGUGGUCUGUGUAAUCGUAUCUGGCGUUGGUGGCGAUCAUCGGAGUCUGGGAUAUCGGGGGACAUCGAGCAAGGAUGAGGAAUUGGGUGGACUUGCCAAAAGUUAGCCACGGCUUCAUCAUAUAGACAAACUAAUUGGGCAUUUGUCCAAGGCUCCCUUUGGGAAGUUCUGGUCCGCAUUUAAGUCAUCCAUAGCUGUGAGGCGUUGGUAUUUCUACUUUCUUUCGAUUCCAUU